CUGACUUGGUGAAUACAGCCAGUGAGCUGUGGUUCGUCUGCACGGAACACCCUUUUAUCCUCUCCUGAGCACUGAAGCUCAGACUCUGAAUGCCAAACUACCACAACAUUGGAUCGGACUUGGACUUCAAAUAUUACAGAACAAAUGAAAAGGCUGUACAAGGAUCAAUUUAAGAACUCUUUAAUUCUAUUGUCUUGGAACUAAUGUUUAGUGUGGUUUGCAACAAGUCUGUAGGGUAAUUAAGGUGAAUCAACAACAUCACCCCACCCUAAGCAUCAUGAAGAGACUUUACUCUCACUAUGUGUAACGGAUUAUUGAACUACUCUACGCCCAUUAUGAACAGCAAUGAAAUGACAGCUUCUUCGCUGACAAUGGAGCAGAAGACAGCUUUCGCCUUUGUGGGGAUGCUCUUCAUUUUCCUGGGACUCCUGAUUGUCCGAUGCUUUAAGAUCUUGCUUGACCCCUACAGCAGCAUGCCUUCAUCCACAUGGGCAGAUGGGGUGGAAGGACUUGAGAAGGGGACAUUUGAGUAUGUGCUUACAUAACACAAUGGAAACAAACAAAACAGCAUUGCUGAUUUACAAAUCAUGUUUCGGCCAUUAGCUACACUAAAACACACCGCUGCAGGUUCAUUAGGCUUUUAAUGGACUGUGAGCUUACAACUGUAUCACCAUUUAUCUAUUUACUCACAAAUCACUGGUAAGACAUACAUAUGCAUCUCUUGUUGUAGAAAACCAGGCGCUAUCAUACUAAGUAUUUGUUCAGUAAAACUAUCAGUACUAGUUCUAGUAUUUAAUAGUAUUCUCAGGAAAAUGAUUGCUGUAUUAAAGUAAACAAAACAAUACCUUAUAUGGUUACAAAAAAAAAAAAAAAAGCUUCAAACCAAUGUUGAAAUUUAUCAUCUGUAGGUAUUUCAUGAUAUAUAUAAAAACCAAAAUACAUAUUAUUUUCUUUAUGCUGUAUAACAGAGCCUGAAAAUGCAUUUAAUAAACUACUGUAGGCAUUUACAGGAACAUACCUAUUUAUCUCAACUGAAAUAGUGAAAAGCAGGUUUCAAGAUGGGGAAUAAUAAUACGUGCCUAUAGCUAAAACUACCUGUAAGGGAUUUAAACAAACCGGACUGUCAACAAGGUUUACCUAAAAGUUAUUUUGUAACAUUCUACAUGAUUGUGUGGCACUGCAGAUUUAAUCGUUUAAAGUCUACAAAAAUUGCAAUCAUUCUAAGCUGGAGUUAGAGGUGAAUUCAUAUCAGAUUACAACUUUAAUGAUGACAAGUGAAAUAAGUUUGUGUUUGUUUUAUUUUCACAGACCCCCCUCAAUGCAUGACAUUGCGAGCGCCUGUGGGUUGGGUGGGAAAGCAGAUUGUAUUUAGAUUUGGAUUUCAUUAUGACUUGUGAUAUAUUAGCAAACUACUUUGCAAUUAUCCACACUCUGCUAUUUCAACUGAUGAUAUUAGGAGCAUGUUGAGGAUAUGUACUGUUUUGAUGGGGGGAUGUGCCUUACUGUAAACCUGGGUUGGAUGAUGUGCCUUUAUUACAUGGUUACAAAAUGUUUUCAUAAGAAUUGUAUAAGAUAAGUGUUUGGCAUGUAAUGGUGUAAAUGAUUUCUAGCUUUUCAUUUAUUACGUCA